AUGUUUGGGUGCGCGGGCGGCCACAAAAGCCGCCUCAGCGUCAGCAGCGAUGGUUUAUUUUUUUAUAAGAAAACAACAAAGGCAGAAGCCCACUUUUAUUUGCUGCUGCAUGCGCUCGUGCAAAGAAAAGCAGCAGCAGCAGCAGCAGCAGCAGCAGCAGAAACAGCAGCAGCAGCAGCAGCGACGGGGGCAGCAGAAACGGCAGCAGCGGCAGCAGUUCAAGGACCGGAGCCAGCUGCAGCAGCUGCUGCAGCCGCAGCAGCAGCAGCAGCACCAGAAACGGCAGCAGCAGCAGCAGAAACGGCAGCAGCAGACACAACAGCAGCAGCAGCAGCAGCAGCAAAAACGGCAGCAGCAGACACAGCAGCUGCAGCAGCAGCAGCAGCAAGCACUUUUGCUGUAGAUCUGUUGAAUGGAAGCUGCCCAUUGGGCUGCAAAGAAGACUGCCCGCUGCUGCUGCUGCAGCAGCAAGAAAAGAUAAAUGGGGGAGGCGGCCCGGAGUCUGCUGCUGCUGCUGCUGCUGCUGCAGCAACAGCAGCAGCAGCAGAAGCAGCUGCAGAGCUUCUGCCGUUCAUGCCCAGGCUUUUUGGAGUUUAUUUAAAUGACAAAAAGGAGACAGCUGCAGCAGCAAAUAAGGAGACAGCUGCAGCAGCAAAUGAGGAGACAACUGCAGCAGCAACUGCAGCAGCAAAUGAGGAGACAACUGCAGCAGCAACUGCAGCAGCAAAUGAGGAGACAACUGCAGCAGCAGAUAGGGAGACAACUGCAGCAGCAAACAAGGAGGCAGCUGCAGCAGCAAAUAGGGAGACAACUGCAGCAGCAAAUGAGGAAGCAACUGCAGCAGCAAAGGGGACAACUGCAGCAGCAAAUGAGGAAGCAGCAGCAGCAGCAAAUGAGGAAGCAGCAGCAGCAGCAAAUGAGGAAGCAGCAGCAGCAGCAAAUGAGGAAGCAGCAGCAGCAGCAGCAAAUGAGGAAGCAGCAGCAGCAGCAGCAAAUGAAGAAAAAGAAGAAGACAAAGAAGCAGCAGUUUUGUGUCUGGAGAAUUUGCUGCUGGGCCUCGAGGACCCCAUAGUAAUAGACAUUAAACUGGGGACUCGGCUGCACGGGGAAGGCGUGAGUGUGGGGCGGCGGCAGCGGGCAGAAGCGCAAGCUGCUGCUCGAGGUGCUGCUGCACUUGGUGUCUCCUUUUGCGGCUUGUGGGGACUGCAGCAGCAGCAGCAGCAGCAGUGGCAGGGGGGGUCUCGUCUUGCUGCUGCUGCUUUCCGCCCCACAACUCUUGCUGCUUACCAGGAGCUCUUCCGCGCCUUCCUGGUGUCUGUACACCCCACGGGCCCUCAGGUGUACAGACACCUCAGGGCUUCCCUCCAAACUCUUUUUCUUCUUCUCAACAAAAACUCUUCCCCCAAACUCUUCGGCGCCAGUCUGCUCUUCGUCGCCGGUACCCUCCAAAGGGGGCCCCCAGGGGGCCCCCAGGGGGGCCCCCAGGGGGGCCCCCAGGGGGGCCCCCAGGGGGGCCCCCAGGAGGGUUCCCAGGGGGGCCCCCAGGGGGGCCCCCAGGGGGGUCUCCAGGGGGGCCCCCGGGGGGGCCCCCAGGAGGGCCCCCGGGGGGGCCCCCGGGGGGACGCCUUAGGGGGGAGCCCCCUGGGGGGGCCCCCAGGGGGGCCCCCAGGGGGGCCCCCAGGAGAGUGCGAAAGGGCCCCUGAGAUAGACCCUUCGGCAGGGGCCCCAGCAGGGGCCCCAGCAGGGGCCCCCAAAGAAGGAGCCCCCGAAGAGGGGGCCCCCCUCUCGGGGCCCCCACCUGGGGGGGCCCCCCUCUCGGGGGGCCCCCCUGGGGGCCCCCCCUCCUGGGGGGGCCCCCCUGGGGGGGCCCCCGAGCGCGUGGCGAUGGUGAAGUUGGUGGACUUUGCGCAUGCAAGUUUGGGGCUGGGGGCCCCCGAAAAGGGCUGCCUUUUGGGGCUUUUGAAUUUGCUGCAUGCACUCGAAGCUGCUGCGGGGGCCCCCCAGGGGGGCCUCGGGGCUGGGGGGGUUCAGGAGCUGCUGCAGGGGUGGAGCCAGCGCGGGGCCCAGGGACACACAGCUAGCUAG